AUGGGCAGCAUCACCCCACAGUCGGCCGACUCCCUGCCGCUUCCGGAGCCGUUCGCAUCCAUUCCUAGAGAACCCCUUCUAUUUGGUCCAUCGCCAAUCCAGCACCUGCCUCGGAUCUCCAAGGCUCUCGGUGGGAAGGUCGCGAUAUACGCCAAGAGAGAAGACUGCAACUCCGGCUUUGCAUAUGGAGGAAACAAGACAAGGAAGCUUGAGUACUUCGUACCAGCUGCUCUGGCAGAGGGCGCUGAUACACUCAUCAGCAUUGGCGGUGUUCAGUCAAAUCACACUCGUCAGGUUGCAGCAGUUGGAGCAAAGAUGGGCCUGAAAGUGGCUCUCGUACAAGAGAAGUGGGUAGAUUGGGAAGACCCGGUCUAUGAGAAGGCGGGCAAUAUUCAGCUAUCACGGCUCAUGAAUGCCGAUACCAGACUAGACCCAUCACCGUUUGGCAUCGAGCACAAGCCGACUCUAAAGAACUUGCAGGCCGAGUUGGCUGCGGCUGGUCGCAAACCUUACUAUAUCCCCGCGGGUGCAUCCGACCAUCCUCUGGGAGGACUUGGCUUUGCCAGGUGGGCGUUUGAAGUUGAGCAGCAGGAGCGCGAGCUCGGAAUCUUCUUCGAUACCAUUAUCGUUUGCGCGGUCACUGGAUCUACCAUGGCUGGAAUGGUCGCUGGCUUCAAACUAGCUGAGAAGCUAGGAUCACGUCCCAGAAAGGUCAUUGGAAUCGACGCAUCAGCCAAGGUCCAACAAACUGCAGACCAGGUGCUCCGCAUUGCAAAAGCAACUGGCGUCAAGAUUGGUUUGAAGGAGAACGACAUAACAGAGAAAGACAUUAUCCUCGAUGGCAGGUACCACGCUGGUGUAUAUGGAAUCCCCGAUCAACAGACCAUUGAUGCCAUCAAAUUUGGAGCAGCGACGGAGGCUUUUAUCACAGACCCUGUCUAUGAAGGGAAGAGUCUAGCAGGUAUGAUGGAUUUGGUGAAGAACGAGGAGAUUGCGGCAGGAUCAAACGUACUGUAUGCGCACUUGGGAGGCCAACUAGCCUUGAAUGCUUAUACCUCUAUGUAA